GGAGCCUCCACCAACCACCGGCUCCGAAGGGCCGGAGCGAGUGCGCGCGCGCACAUUUGUGCGCAGGUUCGAAUCUCCGCCGCUUCGCGGUUGCUCCCCAGCGUCCAGGCUAUAUCUCCUCGGCGGCUAGGGUAGGGCACGCGAGUUGCUCCGACCCCGGCCGUCCCGCCCCCUCCGUCCUUUCCAUCUUCCUGCAGCACCAUCGCCCGAGCUUCGUCCUCGCCCUUUUUCGCGCGCUCCGCCCUCGCCGCUGUUAGCGCUCGGCCUCCCGCGCCCGGCGGGCUCCGCCCGAGCCUCUGGGGCCCAUGGCCAAGCGGCGUGCGGCCGAGCCGCUGACGUUCCACGUGCCUUGGAAGCGGCUCCUUCUCUGCGACUUCACGGAGGAGCCGCCGCCGCUCUGGAUCCCGCCGCCGGGGCCCUCGCAUCCCGGGCAGCUCCUCGGCGUCCCAGAGCUGCCCCGAAAGCGCAAAAUCGACGCGGGGACGAUGGCUGAGCCCUUGGCUUCACCCAACAAGCGCCGCGACGGCAGGGACGGCAACAGCUCGGGCGUCGAGGAGCGUGAGGACUGCGGCCUGGAGACUGGCGAGCCCCCGUUGCUGCAGGCGCUCCUGCAGCCCCUCAGGCCGGGGGAGGAGCCCCUGGGCGCCCGGCCCUUGAGGGGCGGAGGCGACGAGGGGGCGGGGCGCGCAGGGCUUCCGCGGGGAGACUCGGGGGCUGCGCCUCGCCAGCUCACUGAAGAAUUUUGGCAGUAUAAUACCUUCCAGUAUUGGAGGAAUCCUUUACCGCCUAUUGAUCUGGCAGACAUUGAAGAUGUAAAUGAAGACAACCUGACAGAAGCAGCACUUCAGGACAAGAGUGAAGUGAUUGAGAUUGACAUGGAGUCCUGACAUAAGGAACUGAAGAAAUUGUUUUCACUGAAUUUGAGGCGACAUCUAAAGUGAAUUCAUGUAUUCUUAAGGAAAAAAGUUAUUUUCCAUAGUUGACUUGAUAUCAUUCCUAAACUUGAAAACUGAUGACAGAUAGUUUUAAAGAUAAAUACUUGAGGUCACUACUGAAGCUCCUAAUAGGCAUUUGUCAAGAAAAUAGUGCAGUUAUAAGGGAAUUAUUUUAGGUAUGUAUUCUUAAAAUGUUUUGUUUAGAUUCUAAAUUUGAAAAUGUCAAUCUUCUAAAAAAAUUCUGGCAGUUUUAGAAGUAGGUGGAAAACACUCAAAUGUAUCUUCUGUCUCCAUCAAAAAGUUUAUCUGAGGACAUGAAGAUUGUUUUAGAAUUACUGUUAUUAAUAAAAUACUUUCUAAUACAUCAUAUUGACUUUUCUUAGUUGAACUUAAACAUCUAUGCAAACUUAAAAUUGGGGGAUUCUUUCUGAAAGGAUGGUAUUGUUUUAAAAGAGCUUUCUAGAUGUAAUGUGAGAAUUUAAAUUUGAGUAGUAUGUUUGCAUAGUUUCCAAUAUUUGAUAUUUUUCAAACUCCGUGGGCAAUCAGAAAUGGAUAAAGAACAGUAAGAAAUGAGUAGGUGCCCCCCAUCCUUUUCCCAGAAUAAGAGGAAAAAAAUUUAUCAUAUGAUCAAUUUCUUGAUUUUGAAUUGCUUGAGGAUAUAAUUUUUAUUGCUUAUUACUUUAGAUACGUAGUUCUCAACACUGACAACUCUUCAAAAACUUUGUCUGGGUCCCACUCUUGAGAGAUUCUCAUUUAAAUUGUUCUGAGGUGGGCCUUAGGUAUAGCUGUUAAGUGCCAGUCCCUCCUGCACCCCCAUGACCCCCUCAUUAAUGUGCAGAAAGGGUUGAGAACCACUAGUCUAAUGGUAGUUUUCCUGUUUAAAGGAGAAAAGUAAUUUGAGCUAAAGCAACGCCUCUUAAGUAGCUUCAUUUUUAUUUUGCUUUGUUGAUGGCUUUGUUACAAUUAAAUUACUGUUAUUACUAUUUCAUUGUUAAAGUAAUAAAGUAAGCAAUUUGUGUUGAAUUAUGAGUAUCAAUGAUUAAGUUAAUUAACUUCUAUACUUUUCCAGAAUGUUGGCUUUGUAAUUGAGUAGCUUGUUUCUGCUUGUGUAUUUUUGAUUGUUGAUGAUAUUAGAUACAGAAUUCAGGAAGGAUGAUAAAUGCCAAAGAAAAAGAAAAAAAUCUUGAUGUUUUGUGUUUAUUGCAGGAUUUAAGUAUGAGUUGAUGUUACUAGGAAUAAUUUAGAACAGAAGAUGAACUAUAGUAUUUUGGUUAAGAAUCCAGGCUUUGGAGACGGACAUGGUUGAGUCUUGUACUGCUACUUCCUACCUAUAUAACAGUAACCAAGUUAUUUCUCAUCUCCAAGCUCAGAUGCCUAUCUGUAAAGUGAGAAUAAUAAUAUUAUCUAUCUCAUAAAAACUACAUUUAUCAAGUAAGACAAUGUACUAAGUGCAUUCUUAUUUAAUUCUCAUAAUAACCUUAUCUGUAGGAUUCAGAAAAAUCAUUAGAAUAGGAAGUGCUGCUGUAGUUGCACUUCAUUCCACUUUAAAUUGACUGCUACUAGAAGUUUCAGGAUAAAAAUUGGAAUUAAAGAUAGCAAAGAUAGCCAUCAAGUGGGGAAAACAGUUAAAGAACUGUAGAUAAAAUGGUAAAUCCUUUUGUUUGAUGCGGAGGUCAGAAAAAGUAUCUGUUUUGUUCACAGUGCUUGGCACAUAGUAGGCAGUCAAUAUUAGAUGAAUGAAAAAAUGGAUAUUCUUAUUUUUUGUUGAUGGCAAGGUAAUGCCUGCAGUUUUACUUCUAGGAGCAGAGCUAACAAACCUAGGCCAUUUGCCCAAAGAUGUGUUUACAAAAACUUUGUAGCAGCAUUGAUCAAAUAGCAAAAACUUGGAAAUAAUAAUAAAUGUUAGAUGAUGCGUGGACAAAUCCCUACUAUGGAAUUCUGUGCAGCAUUUGGAUUAAAAGGUAAAUAUGUAUUGACUGGGAAAAGCUUCAAAAAAUAUUUUUGAAGCUAAGAGAAAUUUCAGAGUACUAUGUGGUAUUAAUUCAUUAAGUAAAACUAAAUUAUAUAUGUAUAUUUGUACACAGAUACAGGAAUGCAUAAUUAAAGGACCAGAAGGAACAUAACAGGCUACUGAUAGUGGUUACCUCUGGGAAAAGGAGUUGAAAUUUCUGAGGAUAAUGGAAAGGGGAAUAAAGGUACUUUCAUAUAUUUCUCUAAUUUGUGCUAAUUUUUUUACAUGUGAAAUUAAAUUUUUUACAUGUGAAAUUAAACUUAAGUAAAAGUACUUAGACAAAAUUCAAAUAGUACAGAAGUGUAAAUGAUAGUAAAUGAAGUCCUCUUAUAAACUCAUCCCUUAGAGAUAACUACUGUUGAAGGUUUGUGUUCUGUUAAAGGUCCAGUUCUUAAAGCAUGUGUGGACAUAUAUUUGAGAUACAAACAACAAAUAAAAAAAUACACUGUGAGAAAGGAAGGUGAUAUAAACAAGUUAACAGGUAAUUAAAAAACAGCAAGUCAGGGAAACGAGCCCUGAAAUAUAAGGAGACCUUACACUGUGAGCCCCUUGAAGGCAAAAACCAUGUCUAUUUUUAUAUAUUAAGUGCCUGGCACAUGAUAGGAUAUGGUAAAUAUUGUUGAAUGAAGAGUAGUAGGAGAAAUGUUCCAGACAAGAAAUCGUAUGUGCAAAAGCCUGAACUUGGCUCAUUUGAGGAACUCGAAGGUGACUUAUGGCUAGAAUGUAGAAUGUGAGAGGAAGUGGUUAGAUCAGCAAGCAGGAGCCACACCAUGAAGGGCAUAUGUUGAUCGUACAUAAAAAGGAGGUUAGUAUUCAUCCUGAAACAAUUAGAAAGCCACUGGAAGAUCUAAGAAGAGAAGAGAGCAUAGAAGAUUUACGUUCCAUACUAGGCUGCAGAAUGGAGAAUGGAUUGGGCAUAGGGCAAAAGCAAGAGAUGAAUUGGAAAACUGUUAAUUUAAACUGUAAAAUAAGACGUGAAUCCAGAACUGUGCAGUUCAACAUAGUAGCCACUAGGCUCCUGUGGUAUUGAAUUACAACUAGUCACAAUUGAACUGUGCUGUAACUGUAAAUAUGUACCAAUUUCCAUGACUUAGUAUAAAAAAAGGAAUGUAAAAAAUCUCGUUAAUUGUUACGUUGAUUACAUGGUGAAAUAAUAUUUUGGAUAUGCAGUACUGGGUUAAAUAUAUUAAAAUUAAUUUUACCAUUUUCUUUUUACUGUUUUUAAAUGUAGUCAUUAGAAAAUUUAAAAUUACCUAAAUGGCUUGUAUUACAUUUCUGUUGGAUGGUGUUGCUGCGGAAGACUUGGUGAUUGAAUGGUUGAGGGAUAGGAAGAAGAAAAGCCAAAAGAGAUCAGCCAGGUUUCUGGUCUGAGAGUUUGGGUGACUGUUGGUCACUGAAACAGAAUACACAGGGAGGACCAGGUUUGGUGGAGGGAGCGGAAGCUCUGGGUAUCUGUGGAACAGCUAAAUGAAGAGUUUAAGAAACCAGAAAGAUAGAUGGGUCUGGGUGUCAGAAAAGAACUCACUUGUGGAAUUAGAAAUUUUGUCAUCAGUAAGGAGCAAAUGAAAUUACUCAGAAUAUUGGGAGUAUGAAGAAAGAGGGCCCAGGAAAGAGUAAUACCAAUAUU